AUGUUGCCUACGUCAGCCAUCUGCUUUCUAGCAGGCCUUGCAUCUAUUUCGAGUCUCUUUGGGCCAGCUUUCGCUGCGCAAACGUCAGAAUGGAAACCCCGAUCGGUUUAUCAAACCAUGACGGAUCGCUUUGCGCGCACCGAUGGCUCCACGACGUCUCCUUGCGACCUUGAGGAGGGGAACUAUUGCGGAGGAAGCUGGAGAGGAACUAUUAAUCAUCUCGACUACAUACAAGGAAUGGGAUUCGAUGCCGUUAUGAUCUCUCCGAUCAUCAAAAACAUCGACGGUCGCGUUUCUUAUGGUGAGGCCUAUCAUGGCUACUGGCCGCUCGACAUAUACGACCUGAACUCGCACUUUGGAACAUCCCAAGACUUGCUAGACCUCGGCGAUGCUCUGCAUGCUCGAGGAAUGUACCUGAUGAUGGAUACAGUCAUCAACAACAUGGCCUACAUCACCAAUGGCACUGACCCCGCCACGCACAUCGACUACUCGGUCUUCACGCCGUUCAACAACGCGGAUUAUUUCCAUCCCUACUGCGAGAUUACGGAUUGGAAUAACUACACGGAUGCGCAGCUCUGUCAAACCGGUGAUAACAAGACAGCGCUCCCCGAUCUUUUCACUGAACACGACGAUGUUCAACGGCUUCUGGAGAACUGGGCAACGGACACGAUCAAGAAAUAUUCUAUUGAUGGUCUCCGCAUUGAUGCCGCCAAGCACGUCAGUCCAGGCUUCUUGAAAAACUUUGGAGAUAAAGCUGGCGUGUUCAUGACUGGUGAAGUUCUCGACCGAAACGUGGACACCGUUUGUAACUACCAAAGCAAGUAUAUCGGGAGUAUGCCCAAUUACCCCAUCUACUACGCGAUGAUCGAUGCGUUCACCAAAGGCAACGUCUCCGAGCUUCCGAACCAAGUGGAGGUCAUGAAAAAUGCAUGCCCUGACGUCGCCGCAAUGGUCUCAUUCUCUGAAAACCAUGACCUUCAGCGGAUCGCGAAUAUGACGUCGGAUCUGUCGCUUGCGAAAAAUAUCAUCACAUUCACACUUCUUUUCGACGGCAUCCCAAUGCUCUAUCAAGGCCAAGAGCAACACUUAAAUGGAGUUUUCAACCCGUGGAAUCGUGAAGCAAUCUGGCUUACCGGCUACAAAACUGACGCCGUUCUUUACAAACUUAUCGCAACGCUGAAUGGAAUCCGGAAACAUGCCUACACCCUGGAUGCGGGUUACGUUGACACCCAAACCCAUUCAAUCUUCACGGGCGGCAGCGAAUUAGCCUUCUCCAAGGGCGUUGAGGGACGACAGGUCAUCAUGCUUCUGUCGAACCAAGGAACGCAAGGUAAACCCUACACCUUGACGUUACAAGUCUCCUUCAAUGCUGGUACGGCGGUGACGGACGUGUUGAACUGCAAAGCUUACUCGGUGGACGAGCGUGGUGAGCUCAGCAUCGACAUGGACCAAGGAGAGCCUCGCGUUCUGUUCCCUACCAAGUUGAUGAAUGGCAGUGGACUAUGUGGUUACUCGUCAGAAAAUAUUUCCUACGCCGAUCUCAUGACGGCCGGAUCGUCAUCCUUGGGGGCUAGAAAUAAAGGAAGCGCUAACGUUAAGCAAUCCCUUUUGCUGACAUUCAUGAUGAGCUUAAUGUUAUUAGGCAUGGUCUAA